UAUAUUUUCAUGUUUCUAGUUCAUUAUUAAUAUGAUAGUAAACAGUUAACACGAUGCGUAGAGUUACGAAGAAGUUGUUGAUAUUUGUUUUGGGUUUAUUGUUUACAUUUAUUUAUUGUGAGUUUCUCGUCUAUUAUGUUGUGGCCGGACAGUGUUCUUGGCCAACUAUUGAACAACCACACAAUGAUAGUGAAGUGCUCAAAGCAUUUAUCUUGGCUGACACCCAUUUACUUGGACCAAGAAAAGGUCACUGGCUUGACAAAUGGAGACGAGAGUGGCAAAUGCAUCAAGCAUUUGAAGCUAUUAUGAUGAUACACAAGCCUGAUGUUGUAUUUGUAUUAGGGGAUCUCUUUGAUGAAGGAGAGUGGAGUAAUGACAUCCAAUUCAAAGAUUAUGUGGAUCGCUUCCACAGAUUGUUUCCCAUACCUGAUGAAACACUGAUGUACGUUGUAGCCGGAAACCAUGAUAUUGGGUUUCAUAAUAACAUAAGGAUGGGUUCGGAUAGAAGGUUCACUAAACAACUGAAUUCAACGGCUGUCCAGUUUAUAACAUUGAAAGAUAGCCAUUUUGUUAUGAUUAAUUCUAUGGCCAUGGAAGGAGACUCCUGCAGUUUAUGCACCAAGGCUAGAAAUGAAAUUAUUAAAGUUGGUGGUGUAUUAAAAUGUUCGGAAAAUCCUGACUUUUGCUAUGAAGGUAUCAAGAAAGUUAGAUACAGCAGGCCCAUACUUAUGCAGCAUUUUCCAUUGUACAGAAAAUCUGAUGAAACAUGUACUGAGCCAGAUGCACCUCCAUUGUCAAUACGAAAUAAGCCGUUUCGGUUAAAAAUAGACGCCUUAUCGAAAGAAGCCACUGAUUAUCUUGUUUCAAGGCUCAAGCCAAGAGUAGUAUUUGGUGGUCAUACGCAUCAUGGUUGUUUACAGCAUCAUGAAUAUCGGACUUCAGAAUCUUCAAGUCUUCCACUUAAUUUUUAUGAAUAUUCAGUUCCUUCUUUCUCAUGGAGAAAUAGACCCGACCCGAAGUAUAUGUUGGUGACAAUAACACCCAGUAGUUAUUCAGUAAACAAGUGUGGACUGCCUAAGGAGACGACUAUAGCAGUAACAGCUGUGAUAAUGAUUGUUGUGGUGCUUUGGUUCAGUAUUCGACCAAAACGCUUCGGAAGAUGAGGACCAAGUUGUUGCGUGGAGUGGACUUGUGCGGGUAAGUCGUGCGACCGAGAGCGCCCGUGGUGGGCGUG